AUGAAAGAUUUUUUAAGCAAUGAAGAUAUUGAUUAAGAUGAUGAUGAUGGCUUAGUUCUAAAGCAUAAGAUUGGAAGCAUAAAUUUAAUCUUAAAAUAGGGAGAUAUCACUUUAGAGAAAGUUGAUGCAAUAGUUAAUGCAUCAAAUGAAAAUCUCAAACAUAUUGGAGGAUUAGCAGCAGCUAUCGUAAAAAGAGGAGGACAAAGCAUAUAAAUUGAAUCUGACUUGAAAACUUAAGAUAAUAAAUCAUUCCCUGCUGGGAGUGUAGUUCUGACUAAGCCUGGAUCUCUUAAAUGCAAAAAGAUCUUUCAUGCUGUUGGUCCUUAUUAUUCCGAAUUAAGAGAUAAAGAUAGUUGUGAAAAACUCGAGAAAACUUUUAAGAAAUGCAUAAGAACUGCUAACCUAUUAAAAUUUAGUUCAAUUGCAAUUCCUCCAAUCUCAACCGGCAUAUAUAACUUCCCCAAGUAGGAAUGUGCUAAGAUAUUAUUCGAUGUGAUAGAAAAAUACUCAUAAGUAGAAGAAUUCGCUAACAUAUAUUUGACAAAGAUAAAGAUUGUAAUAAUUGACUAAAUGAAUUUUGAUAUCUUCGAAAAAGAAUUUAUAAAAAGAUAUUAUGAAGAAAAAGGAGAUAAGACAAUAAAUGAAAAUCAUAGAAGAAAAGAAACUGUUAAUAAUAUAAAUUAAAGACUCAGAAACAAUUGUUAGAAAGAAGAAGAGAAGAAAACUGGAAACUAGGAAAAUUUGAAAUUAAGUUCUUCCUUAGUUGCAAAAGAUUUCGAUUUGCUUCAAAUUAAAGAUACCGAAGAAAAUAAUAAAACUAAUGCCUCAAAUCAAAUUCUGAGCAAAAGACAAGCUCCAUCUAUUAAUUGUAUUAUAAAUAUCCUAACCUUAUUAAAUUUAGAGACCAUAAUUUUAAGCUGUAAGCAUUGCAAGGUUUUCAAAUGCUAAAUUAGAGAUGAUAUGAAUUUCCACGAAAGACAAGAUUGCCCUGAACUUCCAAUAAAAUGUUAGAAUUGUAACGCAGAAUUCCCAUUAUCCAUAAUCAGGAUUCCUGCUAAUCAAAAUAGAGGAGCCCGAGAUUAUCAAAGAUAAGGAAAUGAAUAUGGUCUUGAAUUUAAUAGAGAAAGAUUACAAAUAAAUCGCCCAGGUUUUGGAUUUAGUAUAGGGAGAGGAUAUAAUCUUUUUGUCAUGCUCGCACAAAUUACAUUUGAAUUGCGGAAGUGA